GCAUCCAUCCUCAUGCGCUCGCACGCUGCGUGAUCCUCAUCACAAACCGAGCUGUGCUGAGCCGAUGGAGUAGUAGUACGAGUAGUAGUGGGAGUGCUCUCGGGUUCCUUUCCCCCCUUUCUCCUCCUUUUCGUUCAUGGAUUCGCAUUUUCUGUGGACUAUUGCUUCAGACCAUCGCGAGUGAGCUGCUGUGAUUCCUGAGAGGAGACGUCUCCUGACAGGAGACAAGAUGGCGUCCAACAACACCCUGCGCAGCUACUCCAUCAUACCAUGUUUCAUCUUUGUAGAGCUCGUCAUCAUGUCCGGCACGGUGUUGUUGGCCUACUACAUGGAGUGCACGGAUCUGUUCAGCGUCCAUGUUCAAGGAUUCUUCUGUAAUGACGCUGAGCUCAUGAAGCCGUAUCCUGGCACAGAGGAGUCCAGCUUCAUCCCUCCCCUCAUCCUCUACAGCGUGGUUGCUGCUGCUCCAACUGCUAUAAUUUUUGUCGGAGAGGUGUCCAUGUACGUGAUGAAAUCAACGAGAGAAGCCCUCCUGGCCCAGGAGAAAACCAUUGUGACAGGGGACUGUUGUUACCUCAACCCACUUAUCCGUCGCAUCAUACGAUUCAUAGGUGUGUUUGCCUUUGGACUGUUUGCCACAGACAUCUUCGUCAACGCGGGCCAGGUGGUGACGGGAGGUCUGUCGCCCUACUUCCUGUCUGUUUGCAAGCCAAACUACACAGGCACCGAGUGUCGUUUUAAUCACCAGUUUAUUGUCAACGGAAACAUCUGCACCGGGCCCUCUGUUGUCGUGGAGAACGCCCGCCGAUCCUUUCCCUCUAAGGACGCUUCGCUGAGUGUUUACUCUGCCGUUUACUUGACGAUGUACAUCACCAGCACCAUCAAGACCAAGUCCAGCCGCCUGGCCAAGCCUGUGCUCUGUCUCGGCACGCUCUGUUCGGCCUUCCUCACUGGCCUCAACCGAGUGUCAGAGUACAGAAACCACUGUUCGGACGUAGUGGCUGGAUUUAUACUGGGAUCAGCAGUGGCUCUGUUUCUGGGUAUAUGUGUUGUGAACAACUUCAAAGGCGUCCACAGUGCAGCAGUUAAACAGAAAACUGAAGACUACCGUGGUCUGCCUCUGAUGACUUUCCCCCGUGUAGAGAGCCCUCUUGAGACCCUCAGCGCACAGCAAUGACACAUUUUUAGGAGAACAUACAGGCAUGACAUUUUGCACAACACCCCUGUCCUCUGUCUAAAAUCCUCACAGAAAAACACAGAGCACUCCUGAAUCUCUUUGACACUUGUUUCCUCUACCUUUUCAUUUCUUUCCCUCUCCCCUUUUAUGUCUACUUUCCUUUUAUGUUUUUUCCUUUCCAAUCUUGUACUACUUUUCCCAUCCCUCCUUCCACAUCCAUUUUCAGAACCACUCGGCAUCGAUGACGGAGGUCACAUGACUAAGGGGGCAGCACCGGGUCACGUUUGCGUCUCCACAGCACUUCCAGACACAAUGACAAGGACGCAUGCCACGUGGCUCCGAAUGCUUUACAACAAACACUCCUGAUAUAUCUGUUUAAUUCACUGGGGGGACAAAAUACACCAUGUUUCAGGUGGUUCUCAUUUAGUUGGGCUAUGCUCAAUUCAACCUGCCAAGGCACACAGAUUGCAUCAGUGGCAAAAUAUCCCAAGGCAAACUUAAGCACAGAUUGUUUUUCCAGAUAUUUUCAACCAUUUAGAGCAUGAGGCAUUUUUUCCCUCCAAGGUGUGCUGUUUGUAGUUAGAGGACGGUGUUUUGUACAUUUUGUAUGAGCGAGUGCUGUAGCCUAUCCUGAUGGUGUUAAACCUGCACACUUCCAGUCAGCUGACUCACUCUGUUUUCCAUCACAUCCUGUAAGGUGACUUGCCUCGUCCAUCACAUCCAUCCCCCUCAGUCUAAAGAAUCUGCUAUUGGAAAUUAUUGAUGUUGUUGUUCUGUGAUGUUUGUCAUUUGUACAGAAAAAAGACAAAAUCCUUCUUUUUAUUAUCUCUCUCUGUACAUUAAUUGACCUUGUUUGGUCAUAUUUUGUAAAGAUUUUUGUCAAUCUGUAAGACUAUUAUGAUCCAUUUGGACCUGUUUGCCUGCUGUAAACCUGGAUAUGUUUGGUACCAGUUUAUGUGUUUUGCAGAACAACCCCUCUCCCCUUUGGAGGAAGUGACAAGGAAGAGUCAGUGAUAUCCUCCGAGUCAGAAAAUGGGGUUUGGCACUUACAGUGCCCUGUUAUCAGCUAGAAUAAAAAUGAAAUAUGAUUGGUUGAAAUGUGAAUAUGAAUGAGUAUCACCCCAAUUUCCUGAUUCUCUGUGAUGUCAAUAGGAAUUUUUUUAUAAAGAGUCUAGUGGGACUAGCCUGUGUCAGGUGUACCUUGAAGAUGUCACUGGUAUGGCUUUACAGUUAAAUUUAAACUGCAAUCCCAAUAGAAAAAAAUAAAUCCUUACAAAAUACAUGGGAAAAUGAAAAAAAAGAAACAGAAAAUGUCUUUGGAGUGGAACUAACUGACUUACUUAAGGCUCGGCUAGCCCUUUUAAUGGAAUCCAGGCUAUGACUCCUACUUCACUAUUCCUCCCCCUCCUCGACCCACCAGUGGAUUGUGAUGCAAUGUUGUGACUUCAUUUCCCAUUGGAAGAUGCGCCCAGCAUGACAUGAGAAGUCAAGAUGUUUUAUACAUAUUCAUGAUUUGAAUUACUCAUUAUCAUUGUGGUUCUAAAUGUAUUUUACUUUAAAAACAUAAAAGGCAUUUCAUUGGAGAUGCUACAUAUAUUUUUUCUUGGUUUGUUCACAAAUUAAAUAGUAAGUAGCAACUA